UAUCCUAAUGAACAAUGUAAAAUUUUUUAAAAAACUGAAGAAACCAAAGUGUCUAAUCAAUUAGAAAUGAAGUCGCCUAAUCUGCUGUUGUAAGCAUGCAUUUUACAGUGUAACAUGCUUUAUAUAACGAUAUAAUUUAAAACAAUGAAGAAUUAAGGAAGUGUGAAGCUUCAUUCCCAUAGUUUAGCACUCCUGCACAUUCGUUUCUUCUUAGAGAAACGAAGCCAAGAAAACGUCUGAUCAGGAGUGUGGCACUUUGAAAAAUUUCUUAAAGUGGAAUUCGAAACUGAUUAGAAAAAUAAUAUUCGUAAUUAUCUGUCUGAUGAGAAAUUCCUUUUUACAAAUAAUUGUAAUAUAACUUAAAACAUUUCAAAUAUGAUUGCAUAUUUUAAACUAUAAAUUAACGAGAAAGAAUAAAGCUGCAUUUCGCGCAUUUUAAAAACAUGUCUGUGCGCCACUAGCAUUCAUUCUAUGGAAUGGCUAUCUAUCCGGAGUUGGACGAGUAGAAACUUCGCAAAAUGACACUGGAGCAAACUACAUGUGAAGAUUUGAAAGCUUUCGAAAGACGUCUGGUUGAAGUUAUCGCUUAUUAUCAACCACAAACAAAGCGCUGGCGUGUGAUGUUCGCAGUUGUUUCACUAUGUACUGCUAUUGGAGCCUGGCAGUGGUUGAUGGAUCCACAAACCACUCAAGUGGGUUUUCUCCAGUCUUUAAUGAACCAUCUUUUCUUCACAAUAAGUAGCACAGUUCUAAUUAUAUUAUUCCUGAUGGGUAUUCAUCGUAGAGUUGUUGCUCCUUCUAUUAUUGUAUCAAGGGUGCGUCAAGUUUUGGCUGACUUCAAUAUGUCUUGUGAUGAUAAUGGAAGAUUAAUUUUGAAACCAAGACCAACUACAUGACUAUGGCUUAAUUAUUGAUGUUUUUAAAGGCAAUUUGUUUUGUUAUGAGGAAUGUUUACAUAUAGUCUUCUGUAAUUUUCUUGUACAUGUUUUGUAAAUAUAAAUCUAACAUAUUUUACAAUAAAAUUUUAAAUCAAGAGGUGUA